AUGCCUUCGCGAUCUCUUGUCGAUGGCAUCUAUUCCCCCACCGUCGUCUUUUUCAAAGACACACCCAAACAAGAACUUGAUAUUCCAACUACGGCCGCGCACUUUGAAUGGCAGGCCAAGUCGGGCAUCAAGGGGAUUGUGGUUAUGGGUACGACGGGUGAGGCCGUCGCACUUUCGAGGGAAGAGAGGAAUCAGAUAACUGCAACCGCCCGUGAAGUGGUAGAUAAAAUCAACCCAUCUGGGCUGGUCAUCGUCGGAACAGUUGGCGCCCAAUCAACACUCCAAGCGAUCGAGUUUUGUCAAGACGCAGCGGAGAGUGGAGGCGAUUAUGCUUUGGUCCUUCCCCCCGGAUACUUUGCACCCGCAUUGAGCAAGGAGAGCAUUUUGGGAUAUUACCGAGAUGUAGCAGAUGCGUCGCCUAUUCCAAUUCUUGUAUACUCGUAUCCGGGAGUAUGCAGUGGAUUGGAUAUGAGUAGUGAGCUGAUCGCCGAGUUGGCCACGCAUCCCCGCAUUGUGGGGGUAAAGCAUACAGACCAUAAUCUUGGAAAAAUCGCUCGUUUGGCAAGCUUGAAACCAACAUUUAACAGCGAAUUCACCGUCUUCGGGGGCGCAUCAGAUUACCUCCUUGCGGCACUAGCAGUCGGAGCCCAGGGUGCUAUCACGGGAAUGGCCAACGUGACUCCUCGAGCAUGUGUAAAAGCCAUGGACCUAUGGCGAGCCGGAAAACACGACGAAGCACGUGAACUGGCGGGUGCAAUCUCGCGAGGAGAGUGGGCACUUGGGAAAGGAUGGGUUACUGGUACCAAGUCAGAAGGCAACCCCAGCUCCGGUUUCACUCUCUAUUCAUCUGAAAACUCACUCACAACGGCUUGCUUCAACUCAUUUGAGACGCAACCAAGAAUUAAUUACCACGACCCGAGCUCCGCAGAACCUUGGAGUAUUAUCAACUAUGUUCCUCAAUCACUGAUCGGCACCGCUCCAUCACAUUCAUACCCAGAUAACUGCCCAAUAGGACCUCCUUUCACUGCCGAAAGCGCUCAGUUGCAGGCUACAGUUUCGGCAUAUGAUGCGAACCCUGUUGCCUGUGGUUUAGUACCGCAGGCUUCAGAAACAACAGAGCCCGAAGACGACGAAGAAUACUCCAGUGAUAUCGAGAGGGUUCAGGACUUCUUCUGUAUAGUUCCUACUAUGGAUAAGAAUAUACAACAAAAUUCACUACCCUUUGUGCUACAAUGCUACGCGCACUGGGCUACUGUCAGGAUCUUUGAUCCGUUAAAAAUAGCGCAUGCUAUGCGAGAUCAGGUCAUCCAACAUUUUUCCUUAGAGAGCACACGAACAAGGACCAUCUUGAUCGCAAAUGUAAUGAACAAGUUCGCAAAAAACCUGGCGAGUGGCUCCCGGUAUAUGGAGACGCAUUUUCUCGCCAGUGCAAUAGACAGACAACACGCGAUGCGCGUAUUGGAUAAUAUGCUUGAGGUAUUUACGCUCCAAACUAGUACGCUCUCAAUACGCACCUGCCUCGAGUCAUUAGAGGCUAUGGCUCCUGUCUUUCGACGCGCAUGCUUGGAACCACCGGGAUACCGAAUCAAUCUCCCAAACAUUCUGCUGGACCCUAACCUCAACCUCCGACAUUUUGCAACUCUCGACAUCAUGGCGAGCGUGACCACUGGACAACCAACGUAUUGUCGAUACGAAGUCCCGUUCUCAAUCGAGCUAUGCGAGCAAGUUUACCAGCAGCAAGACACGAUUGGCCUGCAAUGGCUACACGGGAUUCCAGAUCAAUUCAUUCUUCUUUUUGCCUGGAUAAUGUCCUUAUGCGAAAUCCCAGGGACCGGUAAAAAUACAGAGCUGGUUACUUGGAUAGAGACGAUUGUCCCGCAGAUCAACGUUACUACUAGUCAGUCGGGUGAUCCAUUGCUACACAUUAGAAGAAUAGCGGUACAAGAAUGUUGGCGUUUUGCGGUCCUUAUUUAUCUCUAUAUGGCUUUUUGUGGGGCCAGCGCCAGUGAUCCUCGCGUGGCGCGUGCCCAGAGAGGGUUUAUGCGCCUCGUUAGGGGGGUCAAGCCAUCGCGGAAUCCCGACGCCUUUCUCUUCAUACCUAUAGCCUUGGUUGGAAUUGCCACGAUUGAUGAACAGGAUCGCAGCACAAUUCGGCAGAGAAUUUUAGGCGUCCGAGAGCACGCAGAACCGGAAACUACCGGAAACCAAACAUUACUGAUGCUAGAGGAUAUAUGGGCCAGAACUAGAAAUGAGGGAAGGCCAGCCGUGUGGUUAGAUCGGGGAAUUGCUCGCUUUAGAGUCACAGGCAGAUGA